AUGAUUACAAACUUUGAUAAAGCUUUUGAAAAGGUUGCUGAAAUCCGAUAUAGAAAGAAACAACAUGAUGCAGUUAAAACUUAUGAUAUUAGUUUUUAUCAAAUAGCAUUUGAAUUUGAUCGAAUAAUAUUUAGCGUCACAAAUAAAUGUCCACCACUUGAUAAAAUAUUUGGUGAAGAUGCGGGUUUGUUUAAAGUACUGGCAAAAAUACGACAACAAUAUGCUAAUCAAAUGUUAGGACGGAAAUUCAAAUUUCUAAAGAACUAUGGUAUUAAACAAAGAAUAUCUGAUACAACUUAA